UUAACUCCCUGAUGUAUAUUAUUAUGAGUUGGUGGUUGCCUUCCUCUUGUGGAUUUCUUGAUUUAAUUUGCUGCAAAUUUGCACUGUCGUCUAUCGAUCGAUCGGUUUGUGCGUUCCAAAUUCAGCUCUGCAAUGGCGGCUCUGUGUGCCAGUAGUACUUGCCCAGUUCAUCUUCUUGUUCUUCCAUGGAUAGAUGAUAUACAGUAGCAUACUUACAGCUGAGGCAGAGUGAAGACGUACAACCUCUCGUCCAAUAUAUAAUUAAUUAAAUCUCUUGUGUGUUUUGUAUUUCGAUUCGAUCGACUCAUCUUGGUUGGGAAUUCCGGCAGUUAUCAACUUCUGAUUCCACAACUAGAGUAUCAGGUUCAGUUUGAAGUACUGUAUGUAUGACCGUGUGAGUGCUUUUUUGUCGGGACAGCUUAAAGGAUAAUGGCAAGUGAAGUAGAGAGCAAGCAAACCGACACUUUUUUUUCUUUCUUUCUCCCUCUGUUUGUGCUGCGCUUUAAAGAUAAAUUGACCAACAACCUAACUGCACAUCAGGGGAAUGGAUAUGUGUGGCUCGUGCAAUGCAAAUCAGCUGUAAUCCUCAAUCAGUUUUGAGUUAGCUAUAGCUAGGAUUAAUGCUCACUGAUGUAGUGAUGUCUACUCCUCUGCUUCUAUAACCUUCAAAGAAAGGGAAAAAGAAACUCCUCUGCUUUUCUAACCUUCCAAAAAAAAAUUCUUCUACUUAUCUUAAAGAAUAGUAGUACCAUCAUAGAACUCUAUACUUUCAGACAGAUGUCUACAAUUGUGAUGAUGGUGGAUCUUGAAUGUGACAGAUGCUACAGGAAGAUCAGAAGGGUCCUCUGCAAGCUCCAAGAUAAGGCGAGCAUCAAGGCCAUCUCGUACGACGAGAAGAACAACACGGUGACGGUGGCGGGGCCGUUCGACGCCGACGAGGUCUCGGACAGGCUCUGCUCCAGCGCCGGCAAGGUCAUCACCGACAUUCGCGUCGUCGGUGGUGCCAAACCCAUGCCAGGCGGCGGCGGCGGUGGCGCCAAGGCGCACGCCAACAAGCCGGCCGGGAAGGACGGCAGCGCAGGCGGCGGCGGCGGCGGCGGCGGAGGAAAGCCGGAGAUGAUCAAGAAGCACGUCAAGUUCGAGAUGGCGGACGACAUGGACGACGGCCGCCACCACCACCACCACGACAACAGGAAGCCGAAGGUGGUGACGACCACCAACCACGCCGCCGGCGCCCUCGCGCGGAUGGAGGGCCGCCGCGCCGAGGCGCCGAGCAUGGCCAUGGCGGCGGCGAUGGCGCCGGCGCCCAUGCCGAUGACGGUGCAGGCGACGGCCACGCCGUCCAUCUGGCCGGCACCGGCGCCAUCGGCGCCGGCGCCGCUGGAGUGGGGGCACAGCGCCCCGACGUACGGGGCGGGGUGGGCCCCGCCGCCGGCAGGCGGCUACUACGGCGGCGGCGGCGGGCCCAUGUACUACGGGCAGCCGCCGCCGCCGCCGGCGUACGGGUACGGCGGCCGGAGCCCGUACCAGCCGCCGUACUACGACGAGGAGCCGGCCGGCUGCAGCGUCAUGUGACGUGACGAACCAAAACCGAUGAGGCCACGAGUCUUCUUGUGUGAAAAAGGAAAAAAAAGGAAAAAAAUUUAUGUGUAUGCAUGAUCGGUUCGUUUAUAUCAUCAUGUGUAAAUUUGAACAAGAGAAUGCUAGCUGAGUACCAUGUGUGUAGAGUUACUGUGUAAUGUAAUGUUUUCAACUUGGUGUAUUUAUGAUGAUGAAAACAAGUAUGCAAUCAGGGUUUCUUUUAAUUUAAAGCUGUAUCAGAUUUUGACUUUGUACAAUGUUUUAUUUAAAAGAGUGUUCUUUUGUGCUAA